GGAGCUAGAUUCGGAAUGCGAUCGCCUUAUGAAAUUUUCACACAAAAGAAAAGAUCAACAAGAACCUUAUUGGCACGCGAACAAAUCGCAAGACUGGCAACAGAAAUUCUCAACGAUCCAGAAGUUUCAUUGGGUUUGGUGAAAAGGUUGGCAGUCUUUACACAAGCAACAGUUACAUCACCAGAAGAUCGUCAUUUACGAGCAAAUGUGGAUGAAAGCGUUCGAGCUUCUGCAAUUUUGUCGCUUUGUGCUGUGUUUAUUGACAUCUUGCCUGGAUAUCGUAUUCGUGCUCUUACAGCUGCUGAACAAUCUGAACGAGUCAAUCAAGAAUUGGCUAGACGUCGUGAAUGGGAACAGGGCAUCGUCAACAUUUAUCGCGACUAUUUGGAAAUGUGUGAACGUAUCUCUCGCAAGGAGGAUAGAUUGUUCAGCGUCACGAUAAAAGCGAUUUGCACUUUAGCAACUAAAGUGACUCAUUUCAACUAUCGAACGAAUUUGUUACGCUCUUUGGUCUCCUGUUUAUCACGCAAGAGGUGGGAUACCGCCUCACAAGAUGCGAAUGAGGCACUGGUUACCGUCUUGAAAGAAGAUCAUCAAGGUGAUGUAAGUCUAGAGAUUGUUCGACUUCUCAAUCGAAUGAUCAAAGAGAGGCAUUUCAACGUCAAUGCUACGGCUUUGGACAUCUUACGACAUCUUCGUCUGAGAGAUGAAUUACCUCAGGGCAAACGAGCCACAAUGACGACUGCAACGAAUGGUACAGAGAAGGAUAAAAUGAACGAUGUGUACAAUAAAAAGCUCAAGUCAAAAGACAUCCGUAAAGGAAAAGGAGAGCAUUUGAGCAAGAAAGAAGCCAAAAGACGAAAAGAGAUGAAAGAGAUCGAAGAAGAAAUGAAAGAAGCCGAAGCUGAAGUUGAUCUGGAAGAAAGAGAGAGACACCAGACGGAAACUCUGAAGCUGCUCUUUGUUCUCUAUUUCUCUGUUAUCAAAGCUCCAAAGAGUACAGAUGCUCUCCUUAUUGCCACUAUGAAAGGUCUUUCACUCUUUGCUCAUCGCAUCAACAUAGACUUCUUCCGCGAUCUAUUAAACGUUUUGCGUGGUCACAUUCAACGCAGCAUGCAGGACGAUGAAGGCACGUCCAACGCAAAUGAAUCUGACGAAGAGAAUCAGGAUGACGGACGUCGUGCAAAUGAGAUUUUGGCAUUGCAUUGCAUCGUCGCUGUACUAGAAUUGCUCAAUGGGCAAGGAGAGGCACUCAAUGUUGAUUUGAGUGAUAUCGUCUCUCAACUUUAUACGAUCAUGAUCCCACUCUGCCUCAACACACAUCUCGAACAACAAGAACAGCAAAAUCUAGCCACCAAAGCACAAGGAGAUGCAAGUCCAUCACAAUUAUUGAUGCGUGCUUUGCAGCUUUCACUAAUCGCUCCUUCGGUGCAUGUUAUCCCUAACGAACGAUUAGCAUCUUUCAUUUCGAGAAUGUGUAUUUGUGCUUUGCAUACUCCACCUCAAACCAGCUUAGCAUUGAUUCAAACUGCACAUUCGAUCGUGCGAAGACAUCCUUCUUUGCAAACUUUAUUG